UUCCUGCUACAUACGGGGAGCGAAGGGCUGGGAGGGGGAAGCGCCUUCGAGAAACCACGCAAAGCAGUUGACAGAGCUUCUGAAAAGGACCGGAUGGAAUAGAGUACUUAUUUGCUAGAAGAUUCUGGUGUAAAAUAUGUUUUGUAUCACUGUUUGAGUUCACUGGAUGGCUGGCUAGCUAGCUACCUGUCUACCUUCUUUACAGUUUAGUUAGGUAGCUAGCUGGCGCACGUGUGUCGCUAUUGUCUGGGUGUGUUUUUUUGUAAGUGUAGGACCCAGGAAAACUUACAACAUAAUUGACAAAUCGUCGGAAAAAGUGGAACACACGGUAAACUUGACUGUUUUAGUCUCAGGUGAAAGUCGUACGAUCAAGUAUUCGGGCUGAUUUCCUAGUCCGCUCGCGGGUUUCUCUCUUUUUUUUUUUUUUUUAGCUUCUUAGCUCUUUUAGCCACUUUUAUCAAUUUGCUUGCGGCUCGCAGAGGGGAGUUUCUAGAAACGGCCGCCCCAGAAGUUACGGGAAAGACGAUUCGUCUACAAUCUGCCACAAUGUUGUCGAAUACAAUAAACCCCAAUCAGCCAGGAUUUUCCCAUUUCCCAAAUUUUCACGGGAAACCAACGCUGCAAAUAAAGAAAAAUGCCAUAACCGAAGACUACAAAGUCACGAGUCAAGUCCUUGGUUUGGGUAUUAAUGGUAGAGUAUUGGAAAUAUUCCAAAGGAAAACUACGCAAAAAUACGCAUUAAAGAUGCUGCAGGAUUGCCCAAAGGCUCGACGUGAGGUGGACUUACACUGGCGGGCCUCGGCAUGCAACCACAUCGUACACAUCGUGGAUGUCUAUGAGAACCUCUACCAAAACAAGAAGUGCCUGCUGAUUGUCAUGGAAUGCAUGGAGGGCGGGGAGCUUUUUAGCCGAAUUCAAGACAGAGGGGACCAAGCCUUCACCGAACGAGAGGCCUCUGAAAUUAUGAAGAGUAUCGGGGAGGCUAUCCAGUUCUUGCACAGCCAUGACAUUGCACACCGAGACGUCAAGCCGGAAAACUUGUUGUAUACCUCCAAGAGGCCCAACGCGCUCCUCAAACUGACAGACUUUGGGUUCGCUAAAGAAAUUAUCGUUCACAAUUCGCUGGCCACCCCAUGCUACACUCCCUACUAUGUAGCUCCUGAAGUUCUUGGACCAGAAAAGUAUGACAAGUCGUGUGAUAUGUGGUCCAUAGGCGUCAUCAUGUACAUCCUGCUCUGUGGGUACCCCCCUUUCUAUUCCAAGCAUGGUCUGGCCAUAUCUCCUGGGAUGAAGACACGAAUUCGAAUGGGGCAGUACGAGUUCCCCAACCCAGAGUGGCAGGACGUCUCUGAUGAAGCAAAGCAGCUGAUCCGGCACCUGCUAAAAACGGAACCGACGCAGAGAAUGACGAUAAUGGAGUUUAUGAACAACCCCUGGAUCAAUCAGUCGAUGGAGGUGCCACAGACACCCCUCCAUACCAGCCGGGUGCUGAAAGAGGAGAAGGACACUUGGGAGGAAAUCAAGGAGGAGAUGACCAGUGCACUGGCAACGAUAAGAGUCGAUUACGACCAAAUUAAAAUCAAGGACAUUGACGAAUCUCGCAACCCGCUGCUGAGUAGGAGGAAGGCCUUGCUGGCCACGAGUGCCCCAGCAGGAAAGAUGCCAGUGCCGAGUGCCCCAGCUCUGAAGAUGCCAGCUGCCCCAUGAGGCCCCACGCACGUGCAUGCAUACACACACGUGCGCACACGCAUUUGCAGAAAUGUACUCACACGUACAUGCGGAUGUUCACAUGUAUGUGCACAGGCGUCACAGAUGGGCUGCUUAGGUAGCCCAUAAUCACAGCAGUAAUAUGAAUAAAUAGCAGUAAAUAUGAAAUGAUAAAAAAGCAUGUUUAUUUUUUAAAAUUUUAUGUUUUUACUUUUCAACAAUUUUUUUUAAAUUACAUUCUUACAAAGCAUACUUGCUCAAAACAAAAAGAUAUUUUAAGCAAAAGUAAGAUUAAAAAAAGAUUGUGAGUAUAGCGGGGUAUGUCACUUACACUGCCUGAAAACAACCCUUCAUGUCAAACCAUCUAGUAUGUAGGUUGACCAGUUCAUAAUAAAGAAGUGUUUUUAAAUGUCAGUCAUCUGUACACGUUUUAAAGAAUAAACUCCAAAUGUAGUUUUCUACCACAAAACUAUUUUUGUACGACUGAAGGCGGAGUCCUCGUUGACUUUUUUUUCCUUCUCCCAGGUAUUUUUGCAAGUAAAGGUCUAGGUGUUUUGUCGCUGAAUAACACUUCUUAAUAAUAAUUUCCACGAUAAUGUGUAACUAAUACAAUCUGUUACUACUUACUCUAGAACUUGAUCAAGUUUGUUUUUGUGUUUUAACUCCCUGAUUGGUGGGUUCAGUAUGUUUGGUCUAGUAAAUGUUUGUUUUUAUUAUGCAUUGUUCACCACAUAGUUUUUGGUCAAACUAUGGCUUUAUGUAACUGCUUUGUGAUUAUACCAUCAAAAGUAUUCUGUUUCACUCAUGUAAAGUUACAACUUUUAAUUAGUGUAUUUGCCUAAAGGAAUUUUGCCCAGAGAGGUGACUCCUGAAAUCUUUCAGUUCCUUGUUUUUUGUGUUGAAUAUUUCAAGUUUAAAUACCUGUUUUGAGAAGAAGAAAAACUACCAUUUUAGUUUCAACACUUAACCCUGUCUUACAGUCAGCUCCGUUUCUGCCUACCACUCUCUAUGCUCUCCCCCAUUUUAAGGUAGCUCAUUGCCCAAGGUACUGAAAAUGUUUUUAAAUGUUUAUUUUAAACUGAUUUUCUAUCGGCAUAUUAGAAUUUCUGCAAGUGUUUUUUAUGACCUUUCAUCCCCAGAAGACUUUUACGGAUGUUGCAAAUCACAGCUUUUCUUUUCUUUAUAAGAACCACUUUAGUUCAAACUCCUGAGACUAUACUUGCAUUAGAAUAAAAUGGUUCGAAUUAAAA